CCCAAAAUUAACAUCCACAUCCACAAGCUAGAAAUUAUUUUUUAUCGUAAAAAAAAAUGGAAUUACUUUAUCUUCUAUUCUCCAUAGUCUCCACUUCCUUCACAACUCUUAUUCUAUCGCUCAUUCUUCCUUUUCACGCGCUACUGCGUCGUUUAUUAUCCUCACGCGCCGCUUCUUCUUCUUCUUCCAAUAACGAAGCUGAACCCAUAUCUCUCUAUGAAGGUACAGUCUACCAUCAGCGCCGUCACCCAGCUCACCACUCCUUUCAAUACCAUGUUCGCUACGCGCUCAUUGACCUCGACCGUGCACCGCACGCGCCUCCCAAUCAUUUUUCUCCCGAUGAAGCUCGUCAAAUUACCGGUACCAAUGGACCCAUUUUGCUUUUGACGAUUCCACCUAGUGUGGGAUACGAACAGAAUCCAUUGAGUGUGUAUUAUUGCUAUGAUGUUGAAGAGUCUGCCACAUGUUUGAAGAAAUGCAUUGCUGAGGUAACAAAUACACCAUGGGCUGAAAGAGUAACCUUUAUUUUCAAUCCGUUUUCUGAUUUAGUGGCCAAAGCUUUGCAUGUCAGUCCUUUUAUGGAUAUGCUUGGAAGUUGGAACAUUAAAGCAAGUGACCCCGGAGAUAAUCUUAGCAUAUCAAUUUCAGUUCAUCAUCCUGAGUUUGGAAACUAUUUUACUGCUAGUUUGAAAGCCAAAAAGCUGCACUCGUCAUCAGCGUCAGAUCAUGCAGUUUUCUUUUGGUUGAUGCCUCAUAAGGUUGCGGUGUGGAUAUAUUGGCAUGCUAUAAAGUUGUGGUGGAAAAAUGUGCAGUUUAUACAACACCCUAGAUAUGCGACUCCGAUGUACAGAGACGAAGCUUUAAUACGAGAUAGAACUCUGCAGUGUUGUGGAUUCAGUGCACUAGGAGAAAACAACAAGGAUGGUUUAUUAUCUGAAGCAAAACCUAGAGACAGGUGGUUUAGAUGGAAUGAUGCUAAAUGGCCUUGGUCAUAGAAAAUAGCAAGCAAACAUUCCCAAAGGUUAAACAUGUAGUUUUACUUUGUAUUCUGGUUGGUCUGUACUAUUGUCUAUCAUCACUUUGUUUGAAAUGUCUCAUUAUUACCCUUUUUUUUA